GCGAGAGAGGACGGAAGCCUGUGGGAGCCCGUGGCCUUUAAAGUGCCGUUCAGCCUUUUCCUCCAGGGGUGGUUUGUAAACACGGCUGUGCUCGGGGCUCGUGGGUGACCGAAAGGAUCAUGAACUAGUGACCUGGAAAGGAUACUAGAUGGAGACUUGAGAAAGGACUGCUUACUUGGUAAGAGCUAAGAUAUUCCUGGAAGCAGAGUAAAUAAAGCUCAUGGCCCACCAGCUAGAAAGACAGCAUGGUAAAGUUGAAUGUGAAUGAAGAAAUGGAGCCGUCUCAGAUAAAAAUUUUGCAUGGGACAAGGGAAGAAACUUUCUCUCUUCUUAUUUCCUAUACCAGAUCGACCUUUACUCCAGGACUCUGAACUUUGGCUAGUUACACAUUUCCCCACAAGAAUUACCAAAUUUUUCUGAGCAUGACAUUCUUGAAACUUCAUUUAUGAACAAAAUUAUGAAAAAUGCAACUUUCCUCUAUGCACCGUUAGCUUAUUUGGAUAACCACAUAGUUACUCUUAUUUACCACUGGAUGAGGUUUCAGUGACUAUAAGGUGAAGCCAUUGGUGGAGUUUUAAAAAUGGGUCAUUAACCUGAGUAGUUUCAGUAUACUGUACUUGUCCUUAAGCUGAUACAAAUGGGAGCUGUUUAUAUAGAUCAACUACAUUGUGGGACAAAUAAAUUUUGAUGAAUUAGGCUGAGAAGCUGAAUACCAAUAAGUACAUUUUUUAAAAUUAAAAGCUUUCUGAAGAGAAAUAUGAAAUUACUAGGUUGCAUCAUUCUCAUCAGUGUUCAAAGUAAGGAUUUUUUUACUCUUAAUGGCUGUCCUUCAACCACAGCCCUAAGGGCUGAAUUAAAUGUUUCUUCCACUUUUAAUCCCUUUGGUGGAGUUGAAUAUGUUAAUACCUAUGUUUAGGAUAUUUGUGUAGGUGUGUUGAUAUUUCAAGAGCAGUACUCUAUUAUAAAAAUUGUUAAUAGUGACUAGUUUUGGGGUGACAGUAGUGUUACAGAGAGUAAUUUGAGCACUUUAUUUUCUACUGUGUUUCAAGAAGUGUUUCAGAACUAUUUUUAACGGUGUGAAACCACUGUUUUUCAGUAUUCUUGCCAUGAGAAAAAGAAUGUGAUAAGUUAUUCAACUUAUGAAAUUCAAGUUACAUGUGAAUUCUGCCAGGCAAUACAAGGACCUGUGGAAUAUGAGUGAUGACAAACCCUUUCUAUGCACUGCGCCUGGAUGUGGCCAGCGUUUUACCAACGAGGAUCAUUUGGCUGUCCAUAAACAUAAACAUGAGAUGACACUGAAAUUUGGUCCAGCACGUAAUGACAGUGUCAUUGUGGCUGAUCAGACCCCAACACCAACAAGAUUCUUGAAAAACUGUGAAGAAGUGGGUUUGUUUAAUGAGUUGGCGAGUCCAUUUGAGAAUGAAUUCAAGAAAGCUUCAGAAGACGACAUUAAAAAAAUGCCUCUAGAUUUAUCCCCUCUUGCAACACCUAUCAUAAGAAGCAAAAUUGAGGAGCCUUCUGUUGUAGAAACAACUCACCAGGAUAGUCCUUUACCUCACCCAGAGUCUACUACCAGUGAUGAGAAGGAAGUACCAUUGGCACAAACUGCACAGCCCACGUCAGCUAUUGUUCGUCCAGCAUCAUUACAGGUUCCCAAUGUGCUGCUUACAAGUUCUGACUCAAGUGUAAUUAUUCAGCAGGCAGUACCUUCACCAACCUCAAGUACUGUAAUCACCCAGGCACCAUCCUCUAACAGGCCAAUUGUCCCUGUACCAGGCCCAUUUCCUCUUCUGUUACAUCUUCCUAAUGGACAAACCAUGCCUGUUGCUAUUCCUGCAUCAAUUACAAGUUCUAAUGUGCAUGUUCCAGCUGCAGUCCCACUCGUUCGACCAGUCACCAUGGUGCCUAGUGUUCCAGGAAUCCCAGGUCCUUCCUCUCCCCAACCAGUACAGUCAGAAGCAAAAAUGAGAUUAAAAGCUGCUUUGACCCAGCAACAUCCUCCAGUUACCAACGGUGAUACUGUCAAAGGUCAUGGUAGUGGAUUGGUUAGGACUCAGUCAGAGGAAUCUCGACCACAGUCAUUACAACAGCCAGCCACAUCCACUACAGAAACUCCGGCUUCUCCAGCUCACACAACUCCACAGACCCAAAGUACAAGUGGUCGUCGGAGAAGAGCAGCUAACGAAGAUCCUGAUGAAAAAAGGAGAAAGUUUUUAGAGCGAAAUAGAGCAGCAGCUUCAAGAUGCCGACAAAAAAGGAAAGUCUGGGUUCAGUCUUUAGAGAAGAAAGCCGAAGACUUGAGUUCAUUAAAUGGUCAGCUGCAGAGUGAAGUCACCCUGCUGAGAAAUGAAGUGGCACAGCUGAAACAGCUUCUUCUGGCUCAUAAAGAUUGCCCUGUAACCGCCAUGCAGAAGAAAUCUGGCUAUCAUACUGCUGAUAAAGAUGAUAGUUCAGAAGACAUUUCAGUGCCGAGUAGUCCACAUACAGAAGCUAUACAGCAUAGUUCGGUCAGCACAUCCAAUGGAGUCAGUUCAACCUCCAAGGCAGAAGCUGUAGCCACUUCAGUCCUCACCCAGAUGGCGGACCAGAGUACAGAGCCUGCUCUUUCACAGAUCGUUAUGGCUCCUUCCUCCCAGUCACAGCCCUCAGGAAGUUGAUUAAAAACCUGCAGUACAACAGUUUUAGAUACUCAUUAGUGACUUCAAAGGGAAAUCAAGGAAAGACCAGUUUCCAUUUAUGCGAAAUCUGUGGUUGUAAAUUUUUUUUUUUUUUUACUUGAAAUUAAAUUUGGCUCUAAAGUUGGUGUAGCAGCAGUUGAUCAGACUGAAAAACAGUUUUUAGUCUCUGGAAAAAGACUGAUUUUGCUUUUUUUAUAAAUAUUAGAUUUAUUAAUUUUUCUGUGCUCAAUGUGUAAAUUGUAUUAUAAUUCAUUGUGAUUUAUUUCACUUAAUUUGCUGGUGUUUUAAUAAAUGGGGGUGUUACUGAAUCUUUCUUCCCACUUCCAUUUCUUUUGACCACCCCUUAACCCUCAACUGUGAUGGUAGUAGUAUUAUCAUUUAUACCAAAGUUUUGCAUAGUCCCUGUUGACUUUGUAAUGUUAAUGGAGUCAUAAAAGCACUAGGCAAGAGAAAGAUAGAAAUUUGCUUUUAAUCUUUUUGCCUUUUAUUUUGCACAUUAUGCAAAAGGAAAAACAUUAAAGAACACUUUUUUUUAAGUGAGUGAAAACAUGGUAAAGACACAGUGCUUUUAUGCACAUUGUUAAGCUAAAUCAAGGUCAUUUAUAAUCAUUUUCCUUUUUUAUUUAAGAUUUUAAGUAAACAAAUUUUAGAAUUUUCAGCAUUUCAAAAAUGAUUUUAUUUUUCAAGUCAAAUUCAAUAUUUUACACCAGUGUUUUGAGGCUAAAAAAUAUGAAAUUAUAUAAUGUAUGAUACAGGGUUAUCAAAUAUAAUUUUUGAAAUUAGCUCUGGUUUUUGGUUUUUUUGUUGUUUUUACAGAUUUCAGGUUACAAACUGCAAAGUUUAUGCAUAAUUAAGUAUGGUAUGGUUGCCAGAAAAGCCUAAAAUUACUACUUAGAAAAUUUAAGACUGUUUACCCCCAUUGUCUUGUACUUGCGAGCUAACUUGUACUUAUUCUUGUGAAAGCACUGUCAUCUUUUAGUAGCAAAUUUUGAUAAUGUUUCUCGUGGAAAAAAAAAUCAGUAUCUAUCUUUAGAACAAUGUAAUUAUAAGGUGGGAAGUGUGCGUGAAUGAGAGAGAGAGAGAGAGAGAGAGUGUGUGUGUGUGUGUGUGCGCGCGCGCGUGUGUGUGUCUUUCAAUAGUUUAUGCCAGCAAUCUUUGCUUGAAUGUUUAACGAUGCCUUCAGUAUGAUGCUGGCCAAUAGAUGAUUGCAGUUUAAAAUGUCAUUAUUGUGCAGGCUUGGAUAACUAACAUUCCAUGAUGUAGCUUGUUUCUGAUGAGAUGGUUGUAGGUACAUUUUUCUCAUUAUCCAAUCAUCUGUGGGAUACUUGGUUUUCUAAUGUGCCAUUAUCUAUUUUUAUUCUGCAGUUAUGUUCAAAAUACAGUACAUAUUUUAAAAUAGAAUACAUUGUUAAACAUAAAAUUUUUAAAGUAGUAGAUGUGCGUAAGAAAACUUUGUAAAAUAGUUAUGAGUCCUACCCAGUAGCAACUUCUGGCAUUCAAGCAGGAUUCCACUAUGUAAAUAUCUGUAAUGCAUUUAUAAUAAGUUGUGUAGUUUGUCCUGCAUCCAUACUACACUGUUUGCUAAAGUCUCAGUGCCAUCUCCUAAUGAGACUGACAUUUUAAAAGUCUGUAUGGAAUAUCCUUGAUAAUUCAAGGAAAUAUCCCUCCUGCCUAAGUUCCAAACUGGGAAACAUUCAAAUUAUAUAAAUGACAUUUCAGGACUUUUAAGUAUGAAGAUAAUGGGAAUUUUAUUGUUUUGCUUUUUAAAAUGAGAACAUUUUUAUUUGAUAAUUCUUCUUAAAUUUUUAAUUUUUAACUAAUUUCAUUAUUUUAAAGUGAUCCGUUUUUCAAAUCAUGAUUUUGAUAUCAUUAUUCUAAGGAGUUAUCUCAAAGGCACAAAAUAUGAAUUCUGCAAGAAGGCUAUUUUUUAUUGUAGUUUGAAUGGGUUAGGAAAAGCCUCAAUUUUUCACUCUAAGUCCUUCAGUACAUUUUUCUUUCAUCUUAUUACUUAUGCAAGUUAAGGUUCUUUGGUAACAGAAUUCUUGCAACUGUAAAAUAAAACUACAUAGAUGUAAGAAGUCAUGUAAACGGUUAACAAGCUUACCAAGGUUAGCAAAACUUUCAUUGUAAAUCAGUCUGUACUGAGCAAAUAAAAAUCAUUUAGUUGUAUAAACACAAAUUCCAUUUUGACUUUCAGGAUGUCAUACUACUUCUGUACCUAGCAUUUUCAGUCCUUAUAUUUGCAAUGUUACACAAACUGUACUAUUUUCUUUUAUGUGCAGUUUGCAUGAGUAAACCAUCAGAGAAUAAAUUCUAUCUUUAAAUUA